CAUUUAGAGGUGUGGCCCAUGCCUGGAAACUGACGUAGAGAGAAUAUACUCAGUGCCAGCAGCCAGCGCUGGAGGGGGGGCAUGAGCCUUUAAAACAUCUCGAGCCCUCUCAAUCUGCUUUACAGGCGGUGUUCUUUCAGACCGGGUUUACUUCCUCCUUCAGUCUCCCUCGCUUCUCUCUUCCUAAACUCAGUUUUGGAUUACUUAUCUAGAUCAGUAAACAUGGCAACGCUGAGCGCUCUAAGAAAAUUCUGCCAGCAAUCGAAGCAUCAUGUGUGCAGUCUACAUAUGUCCGCAUCAAGGUAUGUAUUAAAAUUGAGAUAUCAAAUAGAUUAUCUGUCUUGGUGGACUAUGAUGGGUUACUUUCUUUCGAUAUGAAAAAUGCCGCUUCUUUUUGGAAGGUAGCUACCCGGUAUUAAUUUCCUACUUGUCAAUAACGUUACCCAUAGCUUGACACUUUCCCUUAUGUAUGUUUUCCAUUCUGUACCCUGGCACCUGAUGUCGCUGUGGAUACAACGUUUCUGAUUGUGCUUUGAGGACAAUGUUAUGUAAUGUUUUAAAUGAUACAUUGUAGCGAAGAGUGAUUGAAUCCAUGAUCUUCGUAAUGCGCCCCCUAACGUUAUGCCGGUAUCAUUGCAAUUCUGCAUGGCUGAUGAAAUCUCACUUGCAUUGUGUGUAUUGUAGGCGGGCAAGUUCCCAAUGGGGGAACGUGGUCACCAACCAAAGUGAUCAGUAUUAUUAUUAUCAGUAUUCUCAUGUCCUGUGUGUUUAAACCUGGCUUUUGCAGACCAUUAUGUGCUGCAAAUGUAUUUGAUUAAUUCCAUGAACCCCUUUUAUUUGAGACAUGCCUUAAUGCAGCACGUUCCUUAUGACAAACUAAUGUUCCACACGUUGUCCAGAAACAUAAACCACGUGUGACUAUGCACAUGACUUGCAUCACAACUGAUUUAGCCACUUUUAAUCUAGCAUGAGAUGAGUCUCUUUUGGAGCAUGCAAAUUCAUAAUGCAUUUGAGUAGUAGGUUAUGGCCAACAUAGAUGAGCCUAAAUUAUAAAUCUAUAACAACACAAAACAAGUUGCAUUGUUUGUGCUAUUUGUAUUUCACACUAGCCCAUGUCCUAGACUCUUUGAACUUGACAGAAUGUUAAUAACUGUAUUUACAAGUUACAUGAAGGCAAACCUGUAGGGCAAGGGUACUCAACUCUUACCAUAGUUGUCCGGAGCCUGCUGGUUUUCUGUUCUACCUGAUAAUUAAUUGCACACAUAUUGGCUUGGCUUCUAGUUCAAAGUUGACAAUCUUAAUGAUUUGGGACUGCUGCAAAUCCUUUCCCUAUCAUGGUACUGGUACUAUGUGAAGGAGAACUAGUCUGGGAGGCAAGGCAGCAAGGUGUGAAAAGCAUAUGCAUUUUUGUCAAAGGUGUAUUCUUUGGGUAGAAGUUAAGGCCUAUUGAGUCCGCUCUGCAUUUGCAGUUCUCCCAUUGCUUGUGAUGGACACUCAUGUACUUUAUCCUGUCAGAGGUUAACUACUCAUUAACAUUGUCAGUUGUCAACUGUUUGCUGAGAACUCAACACAUUUCCAACAAGGUUGUCCAAAAAUGCUUAGAUUAAAACAUUAUGUUCAUGCUCUGCGUGCAUGUUGGAAGCAGGGCAGUGGGGGGUGUUGUCAAAUGCAAAAUGUCAUGCCAUAAUGGAGUCUCCUCCAGGACCUGCUAUCCUGGCCCCAUGGAAGAUUUGAAUGUUUCUAUGGGUCUUUAAUUACUUGUGGCAGAAUCAAGGGAUGGUUACAUCACUGUGGACGGCUCAUUACUCCUCAGUUAUUACUCCUCUGUGUGCAUGCUAUUACAUAAGCACUGCUAUCAAGUUUAACACAUUGGACAUCAAAUGUGAAUAGAGCAGCAUUCAGGUUUCAUAUUCACCCACUCUGCACUCCACACUGAGGCCAACACUUGACUUGAAGCCCGGGGGUUCCAAGAAGUUUCUUAAAUAGCCUGGGCCACAUUGUAAUUCAUAUCUUGCUAUUUUAGCCACCACACUCCUCAUGCAUGGGUAACACAGGAGCCCUGUACUUGGUGUGACUGUCCUUGGCCAUCGCUGGCUUAUGGCGGCACUCCUUGCUGGUUGACUGCCAUGAACUCUCACUUUGGGAUUGACAACUAGUCUGCAGGACUAUAAGUCACGUGCCCACCACAGUGUAUACUUUCCCCUGACUCCUUGACUGUUUACUUGUUCUGCUGUCCUUUAACAUCUGCCUCUGAUUCUUCAGACAGGAAGCAGUGGUCAUCUCAGGCAGGAAGUUGGCCCGUCAGAUCCGGGAGGAGGCCAGGAACGACGUGGAACAGUGGGUCUCCACUGGCAACAGGAGACCCCACCUGAGCGUGGUCCUUGUAGGAGAUAAUGCAGCCAGUCACUCCUAUGUCCUGAAUAAAACCCGAGCUGCAGCUGAUGUUGGUAUGUAAACACACACACUCAAUAUUUUACUUACCUGUGCUGGAGCUGAACUCUACACAGCAGUGUGACUUUGAAACUAUUUUAUGAAUUCUAUGACUCUUCAGUGUGGCUUUCUAAUUCCCUUUUUCUUCCUGGUCACCAUUCAUCUAUGGCACUGCUCAUUCGUUGGGGAUAUAAUGGGUUCAUAAUUCCUCCCUCUUCUUCUUCUCUGCAGGUAUCAGCAGUGAGACUAUCCUGAAGCCCUCCUGUAUCUCUGAGGAUGAACUCAUGGACCUGAUCCACAAACUCAACACAGACCACCGGGUGGAUGGCCUGCUGGUGCAACUGCCUCUGCCAGGUAAGUAGUGGCUUUAGAGCGAGGUGGCGAUGCAUGGCUUUGGAAAGGGCAUAUUGGUAAGGACAAAGAAAGAAUGACAGUUUGAAGCUGUUGUUUUGAAUAUUUAUGGCUAUUAUGGGCAUAUCCUUGAAUUAUUUGCUCUUUGGCCUAUUUACUGUACAACAUCCAUUUAUAUGCUGACUUGUAACCAUCACUCUCAUUGUCUUCUCACAGAACACAUUGACGAGCGGUGCAUCUGUAAUGCUGUGUCCCCCGGCAAGGAUGUGGACGGCUUCCAUGUGGUCAAUGUGGGCCGCAUGUGCCUGGACCAGUCCACCAUGCUGCCCGCCACUCCCUGGGGAGUCUGGGAAAUCAUCAAACGCACAGGUGUGGUAGUGGGAUGGAUCUCUCACCUCCCUCUGUUAUAUCAAUGGAAUUAUGCUGUUAUGGGGAGCAAUGUCAACUCUGUCACUGACUGUUUAUCCCUGAUUCCCAGGAAUUCCUACCCUUGGAAAAAAUGUUGUGGUGGCGGGACGCUCCAAGAAUGUGGGCAUGCCCAUUGCCAUGUUGCUGCACUCAGAUGGGCGCCAUGAGAGGCCAGGGGGUGAGUAAUGAUGUCAGGAUAACUAAGGGCUACAGUAAUAGGGUGUAUGUAAAGGUAGAUUAACAAUGGGUAGUAGAGAUAAUACAGGGUUUUCACUUAAAGUUGAAAUAUUGAAGUUGAAAGGGAAUUUGUGGAUCAUGGCCCUGGCAUUUACUUAUUUUUUUGGUUCUGCAGGUGAUGCCACAGUCACCAUCUCUCACCGUUACACACCAAAGGAACAGCUCCGUCAGCACACAAGAAUUGCAGACAUCGUUGUUGCUGCUGCAGGUAUGGAUCCUCUCCUCCUACUGAGGAUAUCUCUACCUUGUCUACUACCUGUCUCUCUUAUUCUGCAUAUUCCUGUAUGUUUAUAGAGCUAUUUUUGUGUCUCUUGAGGAGGUUGUCCUGGGUGGGUCUCUUAUCAACUGAUCACACUCUAAACCCUCUCCUAAUCCCAGGGAUUCCAAACCUCAUCACCGCAGACAUGAUCAAAGAAGGAGCAGCCGUUAUUGAUGUUGGAAUAAACAGAGUGCAUGACCAUGCGACUGGCAAGGACAGACUUGUAGGGGAUGUGGAUUUUGAAGGUAGGAGUUUCUAAUCUAGACUUCACAAUUUGUCUUAUAUUACAUUUUUCCUGACACAUACUGUUCUCACACACAUUUUCUCUGCAACACUCACCCUUUAUCUCUCCCUGUGUAGGUGUGAGACAAAAGGCUAGCUUCAUUACCCCAGUGCCUGGAGGAGUAGGACCCAUGACAGUGGCCAUGCUUAUGAAGAACACCAUCAAGGCAGCUAAGAACCUCCUGCUGACGCCCGCUGAGAGGAUCCGCAUGGUAGCCUCUUCAUAACAGGCCAUGCCUGACCCCAUCAAGUGACACAUUCCAUCCCGCCACCCCUUCCCUUUUCACUCUGAGCAACUCGGCGAACUCCCCUGCACACAGACACAGAUCGAUAUGUGAUAGCUUUAAGAUUCUCAACUUGCUGGUACCUUCCACUUUCAUAACCUCUGCCUGCCAUUUCAGACUAUUACAACUCAGCCAUGCAGCUACUACAUAUUUAUUAUUUGCUAGACUUUUGGUUUUAGGUGAAUUUAAACUACCUAUUUAUUUCUCUGCAUUCAUUUGUCAAAUAUGUUGAAAGCAUUAAAAAGUGCAAGGGAGACUGGCAAGAAAUAAGACAGUUAUGUCUAGCUCCUAUCUCCACAAUACCCUUUAGAUCACACAAGCACUGUGAGUUAAGAGGAUUAAGGGCUAGAGUUAUGAAAUGUCUGAAAAAAACGAGUCUGUUAAACACCAUAAGCUUUAUAUUUACAGUGUUUCAAAAAUGCCUUUGGAAAUAUAAUUUGGAAAUAAAAUGUUAUUGCAAAUGGA